AUGCCUACUCCUUACUCGACCGGUGACAAGACGUCCUUUGGCUGGGUCACAGCCCGCGAGCGCUGGCCUGUAAUUAUUACCCAGGCCAUCGACGACCUCUACCGAUCCGUCGCGGCGACUGAAGAUGCCGAGAAGAAGGACGAGGGCAAGAAGAUCGUUGAGCAAAUAGCUCGCCUCAAGUAUGAGGUCCAGCAUGAUCGCGCCUUAACCCCGAUCGAAGACGAUGGAUACCCCGACGUGAGCAUCUAUAAUGAGGAGCUUAAGAAGCUUGGCGAGCCGACAUGGCUUAACGUUCAAUGGCUCUACAGCGAGUGCUAUCUGUUCAGGCGCAUAAGCACAUACUUUGCCAAGUCCACCCACUGGAAGAACUACGACGUCUUUGCCCGUCAGAAGAUCAGCACUUUCCGCUCCUCGCGCCCUGCCGUUCUCGAGCUCGCAUCCAAGUACAAAGAUCUCGUCGAGCAGCUUCGGAAAAACAAGGACGCUGCCAAGGAUGAGGCCGCCGAGAAGCUUCUCUUCACCGAGAUGUGCGAGAUCUGCCUCUGGGGCAAUGCGACGGACCUCUCGUUGCUGACGAGCCUGACAUACGAAGAUAUCCAGAAGCUGCAGGGCUCUGAGGCUCGCAAGGCGUCGGAGAAGAACAUCAUUGCCAAUGAUCUCCCCGCCGUCUACGAGCUACUCAAGAAGGCCAAGGCAGAGGGUAAGGCGGAACGUCGCGUUGACAUUGUCCUCGACAACGCCGGCUUUGAGCUGUACGUCGAUCUUAUCCUGGCCGGAUACCUCUUGUCCGCCGGCUUGGCGACGCACGUUGUGCUGCACCCCAAGUCGAUCCCUUGGUUCGUCUCCGACGUCCUGCCUGGCGACUUUGCCAAGCUGCUCAGUGCGAUUGCGGCCCCCAAGCCCUUCUACGAGACGCCAUCUGAAGAUGAGAAGCUGCAAAACAAGACCCCCGAACCCUUGUCAAGCACAGACGAGGCCAACCUUGGGUUCUUGUUCCAGGAGUGGAGCAGUUUCCACGCUGAGGGGCAGUUGAUCCUGAGACCGAACCGGUACUGGACACACCCCGGUCCCUUCUGGCAGCUGCCAGAGGAGGCCAAGGACCUGUACGAGGACCUCAAGACCAGUGAGGUGGUCAUCUUCAAGGGCGACCUUAACUACCGCAAGUUGACUGGAGAUGCCGACUGGGAAGCCUCAACACCCUUUACAGAGGCGCUCAAGAACAUCGGCCCCGGUUCUGGCCUCAACAUCCUCGCCCUACGUACCUGCAAGGCAGACGUUGUUGUCGGUCUGCAGCCCGGCGAGGACGAGAGAUUGAAGGCCCUUCCUGACGGAGGCGGCGAUUCUGGAGCAAGAAAGUGGGCUUGGAGCGGGAAGUGGGCGGUGGUGUCUUUCUCGGGCGGCAAGUAA